AUGCGGACUAGGGACAAGGACGAUUGUCAGUGGAAACAGCUAAGUCGCAUAACAGUUCCUGGGUGUUUGAUGAUGACAAAUAUUAAACUUUAUGACGUUUCUGGAAAAAAAUGCAGCAGUUUAACAGUGAGUAAGUCAUUUGGUUCUACAGUCACAUCUACAGUACUCUUAGAAUCAUGUUUCAAGAGCCAUGUGAAAGCCAAGUGUGCUAGGAAGAACUCGGUGGUUGAGAACUGUAAAGACACCGGAGACGGACUAUACUCGGUCGAAAAAAAAGGCGAAGUUUCAGAAGUUGAAUUUGUUAAAGGAAAACAGUUUGUUAUCAGUAAGUCGGUUAAAAAAGCACGUAUAUUAGGAGGAAAAUGUAUAGAUAAUAAACGGCUCAGCUAUCCUUAUUCAAAGCAGUAUUCAAAAGGCGAAACUCUUAAAGCAAAUGGAAAUUUGUCGUUACAAGAGUUUCGUCGCGUUCAACAUUAUCUAAUUCGGUCGUUGAUGAGUGCUUCUGAAAACGAAAAUGAUAAUUUUGACUACGCUAAAAUAGCUAAGAUGCCAAGUGCUACUAUUUUCGAUCCCGAUGAUUCGCUACUGGAGAUUUUGCAUUCGGAUAAAAGUCCUAGUGCACAAAAUCCCCUUCCAAAAAAAGCUUGUUUAGUUCCGCGUCAAAAAGAAGAUGUGCAAAAGUUGUCUCUCUCUCCAGAAUCGUGUUACAGGAGGAGAGUUAAAAUCUUGCCCUAUUUGUACAGAGCAUUAAGAACUCAAAAACCGCGCUUCCUUGGUGCACUGAAGGCAGUGAUCCCGACUGCGUGA